AUGGCUGAGGAAGUGCCGAUUCCAAAACGCGAUGAAUACUGUUGUGUUCCGCAAUGCAACGGGAACGCAAGGCUCCACAAAGAACUCAGUUUUCAUAAAAUACCAUCCUUGAAAAAACCUGACCUGAGGAGAAGAUGGAUUAUUGCUAUCCGUCGGGAUGAAGGGCCGCUUUUUAAGAUCGGAGGUAACACUGUUGUGUGUUCACGACAUUUUAAGACUGAGGACUUCAGAUGGACACUUGUCCGAAAAUGCCUAAAGCCUGACGCUGUUCCUUCAGUAUUCCAGUGGACUGGUGAAGUCAAUACAAGAAAGCCACCGAAAGAAAGGACUUCGCAACACAAAAAAGUAUUAGCCGAGAUACAUGUACCUUCUUCCUCCCAAGAACUGCAAACAAGUGAUGAUUUACAUGAUGAAAAUUUGCCAGAAGUGUCAUCAGAUGAAAACAAAGACCCCCAUAUUGAGUGUAGUGCAAAGCUUGCUGAACUGCAGAAGAUUUUGGAAGAUAAAGAAUCAGAAAUUAAAGCUAAGAAUGAAGAAAUAGAAGCUUUAAAUAAAAAAUUGACCCUCGAACGCUUUGGUAUCAACCGAUUUUCAUUUGACAAUGAAAUGGUAGAAUUUUACACAGGAUUUCCCAGUUAUGCUUUAUUUCUUACAUUCUACAAUGCAAUUAAACCAACCGCUCUUCGCAUGAAAAGCGUUUACUACAGCCAAGUUGAUGAAUUGAGUAGUAGAGGUAGACCAAAAGCAAUGGACUCAAUUGACGAGCUCUUCAUGUUUCUAUGUAGAUUGAAAUGUGGUUUCCUAUCUGAUGAUUUAUCUGUACGAUUUAAUAUUCAUAAGUCCACAGUAAGCAGGAAAAAUAUAACCUGGGGAAAUUACAUGUAUUUUUUGUUGGGAGGUAUAAAUAUCUGGCCAUCACGAGAAAAAAUAUUACAGCAUAUGCCUAAUGAUUUCAAAGUUUCAUAUCCAAAGACUCGCAUCAUCAUAGACUGUACCGAGAUUUUCUCAGAAAGACCAUCCUCACUGGCCCUUGCAUCUAAAACAUUUUCAACCUACAAGAGCCACAACACAUGGAAGGGUCUAGUAGGAAUAGCACCUAAUGGAUCAAUCACUUUUAUAUCCUCUUUAUAUUCUGGAUGCAUGUCUGAUGUUGAAAUUACUAAACGCUGUGGCCUUAUUGAACUCAUGGAGACAGGCGACCAAAUAAUGGCAGAUAAGGGUUUUGUCCUGAAUAAUGUAUUGAAAGACACCGGAAUUUCAGUGGCAACCCCACAUUUCUUGUGCGCAGAUGGCCAAUUCACAGCUUCACAAAUAGAAGACAACCAGAAAAUUGCAUCACUAAGAAUACAUGUUGAACGGCAUAUCAAGAGGGUGAAGGAAUAUAAACUACUACAAUCAACAGUACCACUCUCAAUUGCAGGAUCAGUGAACCAGUUGUGGACCGUGGCCAAUCUUCUUACGUUAUUCAGAAGGCCAUUAAUAAAGCAGAAAAAAUAA